UCUUUUAAACACCCAGCCGCCUCCUGCUCGGGACAGCUGGGGACCACCGCACUCCUCUUGUCUGGUGGGGCUGAGCUGCUUCUCUUCCGCCAAAGAUGCCCCGUUAUGAGUUGGCUUUGAUCCUGAAAGCCAUGCAGCGGCCAGAGACAGCUGCAGCACUGAGGCGCACAGUGGAAGCUUUGCUGGAAAGAGGAGCAGUGGUGAGAAAUUUGGAAAACCUGGGAGAAAGAAUGCUGCCAUAUAAGAUAAUAAAGCAUGAUCAGCAUCACCUCAGAGGAGGGUAUUUUUUGGUAGACUUUGAUUCUCCUCCAAUAAUUAUUACAAAUCUGUUGGACCAUUUAAAACGGGACAUUGAUAUAAUCAGAUCUAGUGUUUUAAAAUAUCGUAUAGAGCGGACUGAAGAAUGUAUAGGCAUAAUUCCAGUCAAUUAUGUAGAAGAACUACAGAAGAAGAAAUACCAAAAGUGAUAGUAAUAUUAUUAUCAUUAAUUCAAACUUUAUUAUAAGCAUGUGUGAGAUGUGGUGAUGUUUCAACCUAGUUUAAUAUUUGGCUACUAUAAAGCCCAUAUCCUUGUUUUAAAAAUCAGAAAGCUUUUUCUCCCCCCUUAUUUAAACCUGCUGUGCCCCAAAAAUCUAAUCCUAAUAUUUUUUAGAACUUGUUUCCAAAUAAACAUUUUUAAGAGCAAUUUGUAUCAUUUAGAUAUGGCACUUGUAAAAACUGCAAAGUGUUAAAUGAAAUUGUUGAGAAUUACAAUAAAAUGUUCAAAAAUCA